AUGGAGUACAAACGGCCGCUAUCUCCCCCCAAGAUCAAGCCUCGGCUUAUCAUCCAUGGCGGCGCGGGCAACAUCAAGCCGACGAACCUGACGCCCGAGCGAUACGAGGCCGUCAGGAAGUCGCUACUUGGCAUGAUCGCCAAAACACACACUUACAUGCACGCCGCCUCCCCGCCGUCCGCCCUCCAAGUCGCGACCUACGCCGUCACCCUGCUGGAGGACGACCCCCUAUUCAACGCCGGGAAGGGCGCAGUCUUCACACGCGAUGGCAUCCAACAGAUGGAAUCGUCCGUCAUGAUGUCGCGAGGACACGCCAAGCGCGCGGCGGGGGCCCUGGGGCUGCGCCACGUGAAGAACCCCAUCCUGCUCGCGCGCGCGAUCCUCGAGCACGGCGAGGAGGACCUGUGGGGCAGGAAAGGGCAAGGGCACAAGGACAGCCUUGGAUUCUCGGAUAUCAAGAGCGAUGAGGAUGGCUGUCUCGACCCGGCGGAUGUCGACGUGCCGUCUGCGCAGGGCCACACGCUCGUCUUCGGCGCCGCGGCGGAGUCGUUGGCGAGGAAGUAUGGCCUCGAGUUCGCGCCCACGAGCUACUUCUACACGCAGACGAGGUGGGACGAGCACACCCGUGCUCUUGAGCGGGAGAAGGCCGGGGAGCAGCACCUAGCAACAUGGUCGGCAGAUGAAUACUUGCCCCAGGGGACGACCGGCGCAGUGGCCCUCGACACGGACGGGGUGGUCUGCUGUGCAACCAGCACAGGCGGCCUGACGAAUAAGUUGACCGGCCGCAUCGGAGACACACCUGUGCCCGGUGCUGGUUACUGGGCCGAGGAGUGGGACGAAGAUGGCCCCUCUCCCAGGUCCUCGUCCUCAUCCGCCGCAACCUUUUGGGAUCGUGGUCUGGAAGCAGUACGUCGGCCAGGCGCGGUUCUCGAGUUCACCGGUGUCUUGCGAGGGCUGAUGGCAGACUGUCUGCCCACGCCGUUUAUCUACGCCCCCGUAGCACCGGCCACCUCUUCUCAGUUGAUCACCACCCGUUCCUUCGCAACAUCUGGUACUGGCAACGGCGAUUCUUUCCUUCGUGUGAAUGCCGGUCGAACUGCAGCGGCUAUUGCACGCUGGAAGGGCGUGCCCUCUGCACAAGCUUUGACUGCCGUCACUGGUCCCGAGGGCGAGUUGCAGAAGUCGGCGGGGGACCGAUGGAUGAUCACCGGAGAGGGAGAGGGUGGCAUGAUCGGAAUUGAGAGCAUCGUGGUCAGAGAUACGGAUGGGAACAUCGUCCAAGCUGGAAAUUCGAUCCUUCAGGAUCACAACUGCCCUGGUAUGUUCCGCGCCUGGGUGGACGAUGACGACAAGGCCGUGUUCCAGGUCUGGCAUGACGGUAGCGAUGUGUCAAAGUUGGGCUUCCAUGGAGAAGGCCGGAGAGAGGACGUUCGGGAUUGGGCGGAUGAGAAAUCCGGUGUGCGAGGAGACAUCUAUGGGGCAUGA